UGAACCCUUACCCCACUAUAAUUAACCAUGGAUCAACGUAGUGGAUUAUUUAGGUUUAACCUUGCUGGAUUGGGGCUCCCAAAGUCCCAGAAAUUGCGUUCAUUUGGAGUGUAUCUCUCUGGGAUUUUAUUUGCAAUUGGAUUUUGGUCAAUGAUUGACGCCGCUAUUUAUUCAAAGACUGUCAAUGCAUCAGUGGUUCAUGUUACCUUUGUUGAUUGGAUUCCAUUCAUUUGUUCGACAUUGGGGAUGAUCAUUGUUAAUUCUAUUGAAAAGACCCACUUACUCAAUGACAACAAUAAUAGUUCGUUUCUUGGUGGUGGCGAUUCUUCCACUGCUUGGAAGGCAAGAGUCAUUCUUUUCUUUGGAUUUUCCUUACUUGCCGGAGGACUUGCUGGAUCCUUUAUGGUGUUUAUAAUCAAAUUCUUAUUGAAGCAUUAUACUUUUCCAACCUUAGGAAUGGGUGUCUCCAAUAUUGUAUGCAAUGGGAGUAUUAUGUUGAGUUGUAUUGUCUUGUGGCUUUCACAAAACAUCGAAGACGAAUACAGCUAUUCAUUAGCGUUGUAAAAAAGAGAAGAUAGAUAAAUGUAUAGC